UGGAACAUUGCAUGAGGUGUAUUUCAUCACAUUCAAACAGUCAACCCUCUCUCUCUCUGUGUGAGAAUACUUGAGAUGACAAAUGAUGGCGCAGCGGCAAUCGAGUCACAUCUGCAGCUCUUGCUUGAUGAUAUCAUUUACAGGAAACUUUUCACGGUGAAGAUGAAUUUCACCAGCUGUGCGAGCGCGUAAACUCACUUCAGGCUCAAUACAGCUACAGUCGACAGGAUCGUUUCCAUGGUUACCCAUCAAUUGUUCCAUAAUAACAUUAUAUUGAGAUGUAAAUCGAGUGAUCUGAGAUAGUGACACUUCUGUAUCUGCUCUCAAACAGAAUAGAAAGUUGUUUUUUUUGUAUUAAACAGCUGUAUAUUACAAUGUAAGCACUUUAUGUUGGUGGGAAUAAUGAGGACAGCAACGUGUGGAUAUAAGUAGAAUAAAUUCAAUAUAUACAGAACAUCUAAUAUAUCCAACAAAUGAAUGUACGUAAUUAGACAUGAUUAGUUCGCUUGCUGUUUAUCUCGGCACGUACAGUAUAACCUACGUAAAUGUGGUUUCCGAGGAAACUAAAGGUUACCAUGUUCGUGUAUGAGGCUACACCCAGUAGAGGAAGCAGGAAACUAUGCUGUGGCAGCCGUUUGUUGAUCUAAACCGUUUCCUGCUCGCUGAUGAAAUAAAGCAGAAAAAAACAAAAAAACUCAACGUUCGCAGGUCAAAACAGUGUCACAUGGAUCGAUGACUUUGUUUGGAUUAACAUCAGAGACAAAUUACAUGAUAGAGAUGGUCAAUAGAUGGUGUAAAAUAUCUGAGAUUAGAUGGGACUGUGUGGAGAAGUGCGUGUUGUCUUUUCUGAAGUCAACCUCUAUGCCGAUGACAGGAAGCUGUUUGUGAAUGUGCUGUUACAUUACGGACAAAUAGGACAAAAGUCUUUGUGUGAUCUUGUUUGUCGUCACAAAUGACAGACGUGUAAAAGGAGUCAGAUAAGAUCCAGCCAUGGGACAGUUCACAUCCAAACGUGACAGGAUGGGCUCAGGCAAUCGCCCACAGGUUCAUUUCUCCUUCAACGAGGGCGGACCUCCAAACAACCUGGACUUCAGCAGAAGACGGGACAGUGACUUCCCGAUUCCUCCACCCAUUUCUGUCAUGAACGUGGAGCCAAGUGAAUUGGAGCGCCGGGGCUCGAGGGCGGAGUUGCGCAGAUCUUCUAUCUACAGCACUUUAGACCUGGUGCCACAGCUGGAGUAUUAUGCUAGCACGCUGCCGCGCCAGCAGCGAAGAAGUCGACCUUCUCUGGACGCUCUCCGCAAGACAUUUGAUGAGGUGGAAGCAGGCAGAGCAAACGCCACCACGGACUCAGGGAGCAGUCUGCCAGACAGUGGAAACGUAUCACAGGGUCACCAGGGGAAAGCUCCCGUUCAGUUUGGCUGGGUGAUCGGGGUCAUGCUUCGUUGCAUGUUGAAUAUGUGGGGGGUCAUCCUGCUUCUCCGGCUGUCGUGGAUCACGUCCCAGGCUGGAAUCUUAUUGACCUGGCUGAUUAUCCUCUUGUCUAUGAUGGUGACCUCAGUAACAGCUCUCUCCAUCUCUGCCAUAGCCACCAACGGGAGAGUGACCUCAGGUGGAACCUACGUCAUGAUCUCACGCUCUCUGGGUCCUGAAAUUGGCGGCCCGGUUGGGAUGAUCUUCUCAUUCGCCAACACUCUGGCUUGUGCUCUCAGCACAGUUGGAUUUGCAGAGGUGGUCAGUGAAUUAAUGCAGGAGUUUGGUGUCACAAUAGUCGACCCCACCAAUGACGUGCGAAUUGUGGGUGUUAUCACUGUGACUGCUCUUCUGCUCAUUUCAUUUGCUGGAAUAAAGUGGGAUUCUAAGACAUAUAUUUUGGCUUUUAUGUUUGUAUAUAUAGUCUCUUUUUCCAACUACUUUGUGGGCACAUUCAUUCCACCCAGUCCAGAGAAACAGGCCCAGGGCAUCUUUGGUUAUCGCAGUGAAGUCUUCAUAUCAAACCUGAAACCAGACUGGCGGGGACCUGAAGGCACCUUCUUCCAGAUGUUUGCCAUUUUCUUCCCCUCCACCAUUGGCAUCCUGUGUGGAGCAAACAUCUGUGAAAACCUCAAAGACUCUAGUACUGCCAUCCCCAAAGGCAGCCUCAUGGCCAUUUUCUGGACCACAAUCAGCUACUUAGCUAUUUCUGCAACUGCAGGGUCAUUUGUCAUACGAGAUGCUUCCGGGAAUAUCAGUGAUAUUCUGCCUGGAAACAACACCGAUGUCUGCGUGGAUCUGGGAUGUAACCUGGGAUGGAACUUUACGGCGUGCAUCGAGUCGCAGUCUUGUAAAUAUGGUCUGGCCAACAGUUUAAAGGUACUGGGGCAAGCGUCAGGUUUCUCCUACCUCGGCACAGCCGGUAUCUUUGUGGCCAGUUUGUCGUCUGCCCUUGGCUUUUUUGUCUCAGCGCCUAAAAUCUUUCAGCAUCUGUGCAGAGACAACUUAUACCCAUACAUUGGAUUCUUUGCUAAGGGUUAUGGGAAAAAUGACAAGCCACUUCGCGCCUACAUCCUUUGCUACUUUGUUGCCAUGGCGUUCAUACUCAUUGCUGAGCUGAACACGAUCGCCGUCUUGAUCUCUAACUUCUUCCUGUGUUCGUACUGCCUCAUCAACUUCAGCUGCUUUCACGCUUCAAUCACCAACUCACCUGGUUGGAGGCCAUCAUUUCACUAUUACACAAAGUGGACGGCCUUGUUUGGGGCAGUGAGCUCUGUGGUGCUGAUGUUCCUGUUCACUUGGUGGGCUGCUCUCACCACCGCCUGUGUUAUCUUCUUCCUGUUUGGAUACGUCAACUACAACAAGCCAAAGGUGAACUGGGGCUCGUCGGUCCAGGCAAGUAUAUACAACAUGGCCUUGUCCUACUCUGUCUCUCUCUCUGAUGUGGAGGAUCAUGUCAAGAACUUCAGACCGCAGUGUCUCGUCAUGACUGGUCCACCAAACCAGCGACCGGCUCUGGUGGACUUUGUCAGCUCCUUCACCAAGAACAUGAGCCUCAUGAUCUGUGGUGACAUCAUCAUGGAGCAGGACAGACAUACUCGGCUGCCAGAUGCCACUGAGUGGCUGGUGAAGUGGUUGAACAGGAGGAGGGUGCGCUCGUUUUAUACUCCUUUCAGUGCGGACGGCCUCAGAGUUGGCGCUCGACAACUAAUGCAGGCUUCAGGUCUUGGCAAAUUAAAGCCGAACACUCUGGUCCUGGGCUUCAAGACAAACUGGAGGGAAAGUUCUCCAGAAAGCAUCGAAGAUUAUACCAACACAAUAUAUGACACCUUCGACUCCAGUCACUGCUUAUGUGUCUUGAGGAUGAUGGACGGCCUGGAUAUCUCCGAUCCUUUUGACUUUGAAGUGAACCACGGCUUUGAACCCGACAGCAUUGUGACAGACGACAAACACCAACUUCCAGAAUCAGUCGACAACAUUCCCACUCAAGGUGACGGUGACCAGGUCAGGACAGUGUUUCAGAACGACCAGGGGAAGAAGACCAUUGACGUCUACUGGGUAGCUGACGAUGGGGGUCUGACCCUGCUCGUGCCGCACCUGCUCACCAGGAGAAAACGCUGGCGCCACAGCAAAGUCAGGGUCUUCAUCUUGGGAGACGAGCACAACAUGGAGGAAGGACGCAACAAGAUGAUCGCUCUGCUGAAGAGGUUCCGCCUGGACUUUGAUGACGUCAUCGUCCUAACAGACAGCGAGAGGAACCCACAUGCGAAAAACCUGAGCAGGUUUAUGGACAAUGUCGCCCCCUUCCGGCUGCAUGAUGAACAACAGGAAGACGUCUCGAUCGAUGAGCUGAGACAAAGAGAGCCGUGGAAAAUGUCCGACAAGGAGUUUGAGGCCUUCCAGCUGAGGUCCGAGAGGAAAGUGAGGCUGAAUGAAAUCAUCCGCAGGAAUUCACAACACGCUGCACUCGUGCUUGUGAGCCUUCCCGUACCACAGUGUGGCUGCCCCAGUGCUCUGUACAUGGCCUGGCUGGACACUCUGACCUGCGGCCUCCACUGUCCCGCAGUGCUGAUACGAGGAAACCAGCAGAACGUCCUCACUUUCUACUGCCAGUAAAAAAAAAAAUAUUUGAGGGUGCAUUCACACCCAAUAAAAGUUCAGCUGAGGGAAAAUUCAUUUUUCAGCUGGUUCGGUUCAAAUCUCAAACACUAUAAAGUCAUGUGACCGCUCGGUCAAAGGUCAGACACAUAGACAUGUAGUAAAAACUCAAAUCCCUCUGGAUGUUUAUGUUAAGGAGCAUUGGCAGGUUUAUGUUUAUCUGCUCUGGUGAUGAGCAGCGCCCUGAAGGCCGGUCCGAACCCUCAUCCAUGUUUCCCAUUGAAGAGGAGAGAAGCCGCCUCGCCUUGGAAACGCGCUGGUUUACCAGCAGAGGAGGACAAGCUGAGUUCCGUCUAUCACGGUCCUCCCUUCUCAUCACUUACAGACGUGGAUGAGAAAGAACUAUGAGGCGUCAGCCAUAAAUACUAAGCUUCCAGUGAAAGGUGCGGAUUCAGAGUUCACUUGCAAGCGGCCUGAGACCUCUUCUUUCAACCAGACCAGACUUCGGUUGUCUGAUCCGCAUCAGAAGUCUCGGACUACAUUCAAAGAAGUCUUACUAAGGAGGAAAAAGCACCAGGUUUUGAUGACAUGAAGUUCAAACAUUGGCCUGGAAGGACUAGAUACACAGUUGAACCACAUAUGUAUGGUGUCCCACAAGGCUCUGUACUUGAUCCCCUUUGUUUUGAGAAACGACGUUGUGUUUUUGUGAGAUGAAUGCAAUAUAUUGACGUUGAUAUUUGCAUUAUUGUAAUUAAAAAGGAUUGUUAAUGUAAAUGGGAUUUAAAUAGUUAAGUCCAUAUUCCAUUUUGGUGUUUAUCAACCCCUUCAUUGGACAUUUAGAGGUUAAUGCACAUCAGUCAUGGUGAUUAAUGCUAAGAAAUGUAACUUAGAUGAUAUAAAAAAAAAAUGUCAGAGCCUAUUUUUUUAUUUGUAUAUGCAAGAAAAUAUUCAUGAGAACUCACUCUACUGUAAACCCAAUUUGACGCAAAUUUAAUUGACAUAAUGUACAUUAUCUGAAUAAAUGUACUUUGUUAUUUUUUAUGUCUUGGAUAUAAAAGUAGUUAAAGUGGUUAAAUAUUCACACUCAAACGAAUAAAGUAUUUUUAUUAUGUUUUAUUUUCUCAUAAAACUAAAGGUCCAUAUAAUAAAUGUAUAGAUAUUCACGAAAACCAUGUCUGAAAUCCUGCUCCAAA